AUGAAAAUUAUAAUUCUUCUUGGACUCCUGGGAGCCACACUGUCAGCCCCACUUGUCCCACAGAAUCUUUUGUCCACAAGCAACAGCAAUGAGUUACUUCUGAAUCUUCCUAAAGCCCAGCUUGUGCCACUGCAGCUUCAGGGCCCAUUUGAUUCAUGGAUUCCUCCCUUCUCGGGGGCACUACAGCAGCAGCAACAGGCCCACAUUCCAGACCCCUCCCAGUUCUACUUACCAUCUCGGGACUGGUUUGCUGGACUGUUCCCAAACCAGAUACCUUUCCCCGGACAGCUCAGUUUUGCCCAGGGGGCCCAGGCAGGCCGGCUGGACCCUUCCCAGGCUCCGACACCAGGGCAGCCACAGCAAGGCCCUCACCAGGUGAUGCCCUACAUAUUCUCCUUCAAAGUGCCUCAAGAACAAGCACAGCUGUCUCCGUAUUAUCCGGUAUACAUGUUCCUGCCCUGGGAGCAGCCCCCGCAAGUGGCCGCACAGCCCCCUCCACAGCCGGGGCCACAGCAACAGCAGGAACAGGCUAUCCCAGGAGGACAGCAGCUAGCCUUUGACCCCCUCCUAGGCACAGCCCCUGAAAUGGCUGUGAUGCCAGUAGAAGGAGUGAUACCAUAUUUGCAAAAAGAAGUCAUGAACUUCAGGCAGGACAAUGUGGGAGUUUUCAUGCCUCCGACUUCACCAAAACCCAGCACCACUAAGCUUUCCAUUUCCUCUGUAAACCCAACUAUUACCCCAGGGUUCCUGGAAGAGAAGGUAGGGUGAUCAAAAAUUCAUUUUAUGUUCAAUGUAUGGAAUACAUUGAAAUUGUUGUCUAGGGGGAAAUGUAGAGAUAAAAUUAAUGCUUAAUUUUUAGGACUUAAGUCAUGGACAUGAUAAAACAACUACUAAUAUGGUACAAUAUAUGGUCUUAAUCCUGAAAAGAGGCCAACAGUUGUCUUUGAUAAUCGAGCAGAAUGCAAUUUAAUUUUAAUUUAAUCAUGACUUCUUGUGAAUGUCCUUUUCUCAUUAGGCCAAGACUGACAAACUGGAAGAACCAUAGGAUGCCCUGGUCGCUGUGCUCUGGUAGGUCCCCACCAGAAGUCUCGAGUCAGGU